UUGAUUCCGGCGAGCCUCUUCGGACGACCUGCGCCCGCCAGCGCUGUUUUCUCGCCACCAUCUGCCGCAAGACCCGCGCCGCUGUGUCGUAGCCGCUCGCGCAAACCCGGCGUUCUCCGCCAAGUGCACAAACCCCUCCUCACGGCAAGUUUGCGCUGCGGCGCUGGGAGGUGCUGCACCCCGGAAGUGAAACCGGCGCGUAGCGAUCAUCACUCCGGACCGCGGCUUGGCCUCCGGAGAGCGGGAGGAGCGCAGCGACCUCGACUAUCGGAUCGCGGCCGGCCUCCCUCCCACUUCGGGCGCCCCCCCACCGCCACCCCCCCUUCGAGCCCGCUCUCCCCCCCGAUCGCUCGACGACUACUCCCGAGUGGAAUCUGCGUCUGGUUUCGGUUUCAGUUUACCCCAUCACCGCUCACCGAGCUGUCGGUUUGCGGGGUGCCAAGUGGGGUUCGGUGCUUUUGACGCUUGCCGAGUGACCAGUGCGUUGGCAUCGUCCUUGCGCGUUCACGGAAACCUGGUCGUCGCCUUUCGUCGUUGUUGGAACCGCCGCCACCGGCGGGGCACCGCGCUCGUCGGUGCUGUGUGUCGCUGACCGUCGCUGUGUGAGGCUGUGAACGGCGUGCUGUUUACAUCGCGUACCGUACUUCGUGUGUGCCGGCGUGGACCUCUGCGUCAUCCCUUUUCUGCCGUAGACGCCUUGAUGUACGUACCGGCUCGUAUCUCAAUGGUAGCGCGUGCGGGAAGCGCGGCUCUCCCCCUCUCCACACCGAUCAACAUCAGCCCAUACCCGGCCCGGAGCGGAGCCUCGGGCUAUGCGACCCCCCGCCACUGAAGACCACAGCGCCCUGAACGACUCGAUUCCGGCGGAGGACGCCCGGCAGACAGAUCUCACAGUCCAGCAGCUACGGGACCAAGUGGGCCAAGACAGCGUCACAUUACAGAUCCCAAGUGCGGAGCGGCUGUUGGAGCUUCAGCGGCAGUUGGCGGACAAGGAACGGGCACUGCAGGAAUCCCAGUCCCAGGUCUGCCUCAAGCUACACGAGGCUGAGGACAAGAUCUCACAACUCGAAAGUGCCUUGGAACACACCCAGUGUGAACUACUGAAAGCUAGGGGCAAAUCGGACACCAAUGGAAGCCGGUCCGAUGAAAUGGAAAUGCUCAUGACCGACUUGGAACGUGCAAAUCAGCGCGCCGUGGCGGCCGAGCAGGAUUCGGGGCUGUUGCGAGACCAGCUGUCUGACAUGGACUCCUCGUCGCCGCCUCCGCCACCCUCGGCGCGGGACGCCCCGUCGCCCUCGCGGGCAGCACUCGAGCUACAGCUCGCCUCCAAAGACAAGGAGAUAUCUCAACUAGUCGAAGAUAUUAGGAAGCUGCAGUCGGCAGUAGAUUCUCUAAAAGAGACAAGUGCCUCACAGAUUGCUCAACUCGAAGAAAUGCUCGCAGAAAAGUCUAGAAUCAUCCAAGAGCUCGAAGACAGGCUGGAUCGACAAAAGGAUUACGACGACAUCAAGAACGAAUUGAGAAACCUCAAGAUGAUGGAGGACAGUGACAACCCCAGCGACGACCAAGAUGAGAAGCCCACACUAGUGUCGACGAACAACAACAAUAACAACAACUGCGUCGAUCUCGUACUGUACGGCAAGAAUCGGACGAGACUUUCGCCUCCUCUCGCAAAGGACGACGCCGGUUCCCCACGUAGUCGGUUGCAGAACGUCGACGCGUUCGGCUCGCUGCUUGGCGAGGAGAUCGUCUCGUCCUUCUCGCGGAUGCUGAAGAGCGAGCCGCCGCAGCAGCCGAUCGUGACGAGCCCGCCGGCGACGCCCAAGUCCGUGGACGGCGACGCCAUGUCCACGGGCACCGACACCUCGACGGGCAGCGGCCGCGGCGUGGCGGACGAGGCGGCGGGAGCGACGCCGCCGACUCCGGACCCGCUGAUCGGCGCGUCUCUCGAGCGCCUGCAGGACUGCCUGCGCCAGAACAUGGAGCGGCACGCGUGCGAGGCACUCAACACGCAGAACGUGGCGCUUGCGGUGCGCGAGUUGCUGAGCGCGCACAACGUGGGCCAGCGUCUGUUCGCGCGCUUCGUGCUCGGCCUGUCGCAGGGCACAGUGAGCGAGCUGCUCUCCAAGCCCAAGCCCUGGGACAAGCUUACCGAGAAGGGCCGCGACUCGUACCGCAAGAUGCACGCAUGGGCCUCGGACGACUUCUGCGUCUUCAUGCUCAAGUCCCUCGUUCCAAAGAAAGGCAAGGAGUCCGGCGGCUCCAGCGCGUCCAGCCGCCAGGAGGACGCGGCCGCGGAGGAGCGCAUCGCGCAGAUCCUCAGCGAGGCCCAGCAAGCCAUGACGAUGCCGACGAACAAGGAGCGCAGCCCGGCGCCCCCAUCGUCUGGAGCGCAGAACGGCGCGGCCGACGACUCCCACGCCGACAGCGACCAGGACGGCGACGGUGGCGCCAACAACACAAACAGCCAGCACUCUUCAGCGUCACACCGGGAUGCCAAGCGGUCCAGCCGGAAGUACGAAAACGACGACAUACCACAGGAGAUGGUGGCGCGCAUCUACCAGGAGGAACUGGCCAAGCUGAUGGGCCAGCGCGUGGAAGAGAGCUUCCGGCAGCAACAGUACGACCGCACGCACGAGGAGAUACGCCAGGCGCUGUCCAUCUACCACCACGAGUUGUCGCGGCUCUCGCAGCUCGCGCUCACGCCGGGCCACGAGUUCGCGCGCUUCGGUGCGGCCGCUCUGCCCGGUGCGCUGCUCAACGGGGCCUUCCCGGGUCUGUCGCUGGGACCCGAGCAGAGGGGUGGCCCCGGGGUGGCAGCGGCUGCUUCGGCCGCGGCGGCGGCUGCGGCAGCGGCUAGGGUCGCGGCCGCCGACUCAGUCGAAGCUAUGCGAGCGGCGCACGAGCAGCAGCAGCAACAGCAGCAACAGCAGCAGCCUCCGGUGUCGCAGCAGCACCAGAGACGAGGUGGCUCGUCCCUUGCUGCGCAGUUGGCGCCGCGGGACUGGCACAAGCAGCGCGGUGGCAACAAAUACAGUAGCGCAUUCUCGCUGGUGCGGCCAGGCGUCAAGUUCCCGGGCGCCGGAUCGACCCCGAGUCCUCCUGGCACCGCUGGCGUCCUGGGCCUGUCCGACACGCCGCCCGGUGGCGCAGCGCCCGAGGACCUCGGUUCUUCGCCGCUGCAGCGCAUGCAGUCCAUCACCAACUCGCUGCUGACGCAGACGGCGACGCCGUCCAUGCCGACGACAAAUCAGCGACAGAACAAGGCCGUACUUCCGCCCAUCACGCAGCAACAGUUCGACCAGUACAACAACCUCAACACCGAGGAGAUAGUCAAGAAGGUGAAGGAGCAGCUGAGCCAGUACUCAAUCAGCCAGCGUCUGUUCGGCGAGAACGUACUGGGCCUGUCCCAGGGCUCGGUGUCCGACCUGCUGGCGCGGCCCAAGCCGUGGCACAUGCUGACGCAGAAAGGCCGCGAGCCCUUCAUCCGCAUGAAGAUCUUCCUCGAGGACGAGAACGCUGUUCACAAACUGGUCGCCUCGCAGUACAAGAUCGCCCCCGAGAAACUCAUGCGCACCUCUGGAUUCACCGCCGCGUCCAGUCCGCUCGGUGGGUCCCUUUCACCGCGGCCGAACGAGCUUCAGCGGGCCUUUAGAGCCGGUUCGAGCAAGCUUCCCGCGUCCAGCGCAGCGGCGGCCAGGGCUGCCGCGCGCGACCACCUGCCAUCACACCGCAACAGCCACUGUGACAACGCGUCUCCGCUGCUCGGCAAGGGGCCCUUCAGUGCCUCACCCGAGUUGCAGGUGGCGCUCAUGCAACAGCAUCAGCAACAGCAGCAGCAACAACAACAACAACAGCAGCAACAACAACAGCAGCAACAGCAGCAGCAGCAUGACUCCCGCGUGGCGAUGUACGCUCCGCCAUCGAGCCCUACGGCGGCCGCCCGCAAGGGCCACUCUCACCACCCGAGCGGCGGUGGCCGGUCCCUGCCGUACGUGCAGCCCUCGGUGUACGAGAUGGCGGCGCUCACCACCGACCUGGACACGCAGACCAUCACGGCCAAGAUCAAGGAGACGCUUAUGGCGCACAACAUCGGCCAGAAGAUCUUCGGCGAGGCCGUGCUGGGGCUGUCUCAGGGCUCUGUGAGUGAACUGCUGUCCAAGCCCAAGCCAUGGCACAUGCUUAGCAUUAAGGGCAGGGAGCCUUUCAUCCGCAUGCAGCUCUGGCUCAACGACCCGCACAACGUCGAGAAGCUGCAAGUCAUCAAAAACGAGCGCAGAGAAGCGAACAAGCGGCGACGGACGCACGUGGACCUGGAGGCUGCUCCGCGGCCCAUGGAGGCGCAACCGCCUUCGCUUCCGGCCAUGGCGGUCGGCGCCGGGAGCUUCCCGUUCGCGGCACCGCCGUCCCCAUUCCCGGCGGCCAAGAAGCCGCGCGUGCUCUUCUCGGACGAGCAGAAGGAAGCGCUGCGGCUUGCCUUCUCCAUGGACCCGUACCCGAGCACGGCCACCAUCGAGUUCCUCGCGGCCGAGCUGGGACUCUCGGUGCGCACCAUCACCAACUGGUUUCACAACCACCGCAUGCGACUCAAGCAGCACGUCGUCUCUCCGGGGCCCGAUGAUAACCAGUCGCGAAGCGAGCCACCCCCGCCGACGCUUCUCGGCCCACCGCCCGGUUCGCGCGAGGGCUCCGCGUCUUUCGACCCCGCGCUGUUCCGGUGCCUCCUCGUUCAGCGGCUCGCCGAUAUGCACGGAAGCGGCGGGGACAAGAGCGGCCCGAGUACUUUCGGUGCGGGCAGCGGCGGCAACCUCACCCUAAACGCCUACAACAGCUACUCUCCGUCGUCGCAGCAGGGCAACGACGAAGGCACGCUGGACCUGAGCAUGUCGUCCAGCCAGGCGUCCUCGGGCCGCAAAACGUGGGCUCGAGGCGGCGGAACGCCCACCGAAGACCUGGACGACUCUAACUUGUCCCAGGAUGAACCGGCGGCCGCAGGAAGCGACCGCGACUCUCUCAAGGAAGAGAGCAUCUCGACGCCCUCGCCAGCGCCGCCGCGGAGCGCUGCCGUCGGCGCUCAGCACAACAGCUACAGCAGUAGACGGCGGAAACCGGCGGCGCCCAAGUGGGUGGAUCCGGGCCUGUCGCCGGACUCGGACGACGCUGAGGACGACGACGCAAGUGCGAACGCGGACGAUGACUGCGGCGUGGCGGGAGGUGAUGCGGAAAGCGCCAUCAUCAACGGGGUCUGCGUCCGUCAAACGGCCGCCGCCGGUGACUUCGGGCUGCGGCUUCGCGAGACGGUGCGGGUGGACCCCGUAGCGGCCGCCGACGAGGCCCGCAAGAGUGCCGAGAGAGACGAGAUGGAAGAGGACGAGGAAGAAGAGGAGGAGACGGCACUCGAGCUGUGCACCACCGCCAAGAAAUCGAGCAGCAGCGGCGACGGGAUGCGAAAGCUGGAGCAGAGGCUCGACAACCGUGGCGAGGAACGCGGCGACGACUGGGAGUUCUAAAAUGGAACACGCCUAGGCACGCAGCUGCCCACAUCUGGUACUAUAGCCCGUUCGAAGCCUCCACCCGAGCAACGUCGAAACCGAAGUAGUGAUCCAACUCGGUUGCCAGCUCCGUGACUUCACACACGGCCCGUCCCUGCCUCCCAAUGUCAAUAUUAGGUUUACUGCCUGAGGUGUGAGACCGGUGCAAGAAUCGCUUCCACCAGACGAAACCCUGCGAUUCGGUGAUUUCAGUGGCCGUCAAAGUUCAGGGGCCACACCUCUUUUUUUUUUUUUUUUUAUUAUUCUCUAAACAGAACAUCGCCUGGAACAAGUUUCGCAGCUGUGAAAGUACUCGUUGAACUAUAGCUGGAAGCGGUGGUUGGUUUGGGGCUUCUGCGAGGACACAAUACGCGCCCUGUGAACUCAUUGUGGGCAACGUGACGCGCCUGCGGGACUGUCGCGCGCCGUUUUCACCCACUCGGAGCCACCGCUUCCUCUUCGAGCCCGGUGCAAUGUGGCCUUAGCUCUCACAUUCUUCGCUUCUCUUGUUUGUGUUGUUGUCCUUUCAAGCAUUGACGUAUUCGACUAGACUUUUGCGCCCACGAGCCGAACUCUGAACGACCAGACUAUUACGUCACACUGUGCUCCGAGUGCAGCGAACCUGUGUGUAUGUCUCCGCGCAGAACUGUGGUCUAGAACCGUUCGUUGUUUUUACGUUUGUACGUUUUUAAGACGCGUUGUGAUGUUUCAUUUCUCUAUGGUUUGUGGUGAUUGACACUGUUGCCGCGUCAGCCUUACAAAUCUCGUUGACGUGGUUUUAAAGCCGUAGCAAGCUAAUCUUCGUGGCAUAAGCCCAGCGUUUUCUAUUAAUAUAGAGGCAUUUGCGUAUGCUGGGGCGCACACGCAAAAGUACCGGCUGCUAGCUCGCCAAUUGUAUUUUAUCGUCGCCGCUCUAAGGAAUGCCAUUGAGUUUUUGCCUCUCGUGAGCACUUGUUAAUUAACUUGGCUGACCAAAGGUCUCAUACAUCCCACCAACUUGUAGCCGUUUCAUCUAUGCCAAUGCAGCCUGGCGCAAGAUAGCAACGCGUCACCACUAUUUGUGCAAUGGAAACUGCGUAACACUUGGUGCUUUUCAUGUAGAUACAGAAAGAAGGUAUUCAAGCAGCUUUUGUAGCCGAGAAUUUUGAGCGUAGCAUCUGUAUGCCGGCGUGAGCUGACUACUGGAAAGCAUUUGUCCCCUGUCAAAUUUCCGAGUGGAAAAAAAACGCAAGAAAGAUAUCCUUAGCCUCUUUCGUGGCGUUAUUGGCGCUUAAGCUGCUCCUGCGUUAGAUGUUAUUCUGCGAAGUCUUGCAUUCGUCGCCAUUGCCAGUCCUUGCGAUUUAGACAGCCAUCCGGGGAACGUAGUCCCUCGUUUCUCCGUAAGGAAACCACCGUCGUGACUGGCGAAGGCGAACGGCACGAGUCCAUUAACAACGCCGCAGUGAACCUGCAGAGAGCCGGCGGGAGAAAACUCACACGAAGCCAAAGACGCGCACAGAAGCUUCAGCGGCGGCCGCUGUUGUCCUUAUUGAAAACGGGAAUCGACUAUGUCCCUUCUUUGCAGAGAUUUCGUAACACAGAGCUGGCGUGUCUUGUACCGGAGCUAGUGGUAUUUAUGCACACAUGUUUUAUAUAUUUCUUUUUUUGGACUCAGUCACGCCUUUGUUACCGCCUAGUCCCCUAUUAUCUGUGCUAUGUCCGCUGUCAGUACGUGCUAGUCCCAUUCUUCGCCUAACAAGCAGCCGUUGAAUGCCUUCCGUGAAGAAAACAAAAGAAAAACAAGAAAGGGCCUCUUCUCACGUGGUGCGCUGAAAAGUCGCAAACUAUCUACAGAUGCACUCGUUGCAGUAUCCUACUGUUCUGUUUUUAAUCGAGUCCGCGUUAAUAAGUCAUGCUAAGAAAAAACAAAUUUGUCGCAACACCAACUAAGUUACAAGAGCAUUGGCAAUUACCGUAUAGUUCAGCUACAGCAUGCAUGCAUGCAUGCACGGAUUCAAAUAUGCUGUCUAUUCGUAUUUCGUCAUUACUUACUUAACGUAGCCCUGCACAAUUUGAUCCGCGAUCUUCCCGUAAUCGGACUUGAAAAAGGAGCUACAUGCAUUAUUCGGAACACGCGUAGCAAUACUGCAUGCCCUAUCCGUAAUUCAAGAGCAUCCGCUGCGUGGACAGCGAAUAACCAGCGCGAAACAACUAGAGGCGCACGCGUUUGAGGAGCUAACAUUCUGCUGCCAGUUGUUAAGGAUGUAGGCAAAGACACGAAGCGCGAUGUGAUGGUACAGGUAUUGCUUUUGAGCUCAUUUGUGAUGGCAAUGUGUUUUUUUUUUUUUUUCGAUAUGUGAUAGCAGCUUUGCGUGUGUGAAAUGAUGCGAAAUGCAUCAUGCCAGCAUUGUGUGCGGGCCGGACAAGCCUCGACAAGCUGGAGAAUAGCACCCGGUGACACUGUAGAUACACGAUGCUUGGUGCGCUUGUGUAGCGGCGUUAGGCCUUCUCCCCUCGCGUCUGCUUGCUUGCCCGACUAGCGUCUGGCACCAAAAUAUAGGACUGGCUUUUUGAAGACAGCUACACUCCGCUUUCUCGCGCGUGUACUGAUUUGCUUAUACAGCAUUGUCGGCAUCCGAUUCUUUCCGAAUUGAUCUUUUUCUCCCGAACUUUUUUUUUCUUCUCUGUGCCAGUGAACAUAACGAACAAUGCGUGUACUUAGACUGUUGUGAGCGUUCAACGUUUCCUCUCUUCCUUUCCAAGAAUGUCGACGAGCUCAAAAAGGCCGAAGGUGUCACUAACAGGUCUCUAGAAAGCACGUGAAUACGUUAUCGUUACUGGUUGGACGCCGAUCUGUAUUCUGUAUAAUCGAAUCGAACUCCCAAGCAAAAAAGCAAGACGGCUUCAUUGUUACAUCCCUAGAUUAGAAAAACCGCUGUUUCCAAUGCAAUUGUCCAAUCGCCCCUACUGUUUUCUUUCCCUCUCCAAAUCGAGCCGGGCUCAUUUCUCGCUCGCUGCAGCUGGUUAUUGACCCCCUAGGGGUGCACUCGUUUGCUCAGCUUUCCUUCGUGCUCGAAAAGUGCCAACUGGUGUGGUUAAAGAUGAAAGAGCAAACCGUGAACUUUAUUCGAACCUGCCACACGAAUGCUACAAGCAAAAAAGGAGGGGGGCGGGGACCCACGCUUUCUUCGGGUGUACUUAUCCUGGAACGAGUGUCAUCUUCUUUCUUCUCCAGUAGGCCCAUCAGCUGCGCUUAGGACAGCUUUCAUACGACGCCCAGUCACUGGCGUGAGAGCGCUGUACGCGUGUAUUCUCGGCCGACAUUGUUCUCUCUUUGACACACUCGGCAGUGCAUUCAAUGCACCGUUGAGUUGCACACGGGCGCGAGUGCGCGCGCGGCGCCGGCAGGUGUCCGUUGACUGUCAACCUGAUCCGGCGCCGCGCGAGCGUCCUCUCGAGCACACCCCCUUUCCACUUUCCCCUCAAGCUUUGGGAGUCUGACUCCACCUCUGUAUAGACCUGCGUGUUGAACACCUGACUCUGUGCGUGUGUGUGUGCGCGCGUGCAUUCGCGAUGUGGCUGUUGUGCUCUCUUCUGAGUGUUUUGUCUCGGACAAUGCGAAGUUGCUUCUGUUUUGUUUUCCCUUGUUCAUUUCCACACGUGCAAGGAUCGACAAAUGUUACAUAUAUAAAUAUAUAAUAUACAUAAGUAUAAAUAUAUAUAUAAACGCAUGCGAUGACAAGAGGCGUGUGUACAUACUAUACAUAAGUAUACCUUCGAGGAAGCUCUGUAGCAUACCAAGCUUAGGCUGAAAAGCAGCUGUGAGUGCACUGACACUGGCGCACCUCACUCUACUGAUGGUGUGCAGUUUCAGGCUACGGUUCAAAGGGGACUAGCAAGACAUUGUCAGAAGCCAUAGUUUAAGCACAACGUUCCCCAUUCCAACUCCCCCCUUCUAGUUGUCGUUUGCAUUUUAAAGAAAUUGAUUUUCGGACUUUUAAUCCGCUUAUUGUGGUGCUAAAACAAGAAAAUAUGGUGAUGUCCCCGGGAUGCGAGAGCAUUUAGAACACGGAUUUUUUUUUUUUGAUAAGAACGGAACAGUGUUGCUUUUAUAUUUUUUUUUCGACACCCUGUUCGUAUUAUUGAGCAUUUGUUUUUUCGUCGACAUCUCAGAACUGUCACACUCGACAUUGUACAUAGACGAUCCCGGUCCUCGCAUGGGUAUAUAGAUCACGCAUACAUAUACUGCGUACACAUAGCGUAGGUGUGAGAUUUUUUUUCUCCAAUCCCACUCAAACCUUUGAGCGCUCUCCUGUUCAGAUAACCCCGUAUUUGCUACGCCUAUUGCGUACGUGUCACUCAAGUUGUCGAUAAAAGAAAGAAGAAAAAGACGAAUUAACCUUUGGGGACGUUCGUACCCCCUUGCGUAAGCUAGUGAACGCACCCGUCUCAUCAUCGCAUACACAUUUAUACGGAGGCACGCAGCGCGUUUUUUCCGUUAUCUCCACCUGUCACUCAUCAAUCACGGGAAAGAGCCGAUGGUAGCAGCCACGUCUCCUUUUAGUUUAUUUUUUCCUUGCAAAGAGGCGAGUAGAUGAAAUGUCCCCCCCCCCCCCCCCCCGUCACAUUCCUUCACCGUUUUCGACAAUUUUCUAAGAUAAGACAUGCGAUAAACGUUGCUAUUUCUCCCCGAGAAAAACGACAGUUGACGUACAUUAAUUCGUCCCCGCGUGAAGCUUUCCACCGGUCCGUUGUUACGCAUGGCGAUUAAUUUCAUUGGCCGAUUUAACGUGUGGCGCUACCGAUGCUAAGGUUCAUGCUCUCAUUAGAAUGUCCUUCGUUCGAAUGUCUUUGGCCAGUCGGUUGAGUUAGCUUCGUCUGUAGCGUAGUAGCCUUGCGUUAACACGACUUUGCUUAGUUGUCUAUUUAGGGCAGCUAAAAUGGUGAUCGGAUAAUCAACAACGCCGCUUACUUUCUUUUAGUUCGGGAAGGCAAAAAGAAAAAAAGAUGCAAUAAUCGGAGCGUGCUGUUGAACCUGUUUCUCUCGAAAUGCUGACGGAAGUGCGACUUUUUCUUCUCCCUUUAGUUCUCAUGCCUGGUCCAUUUAAAAAGCCCCUAUUUUUCAUUCGUAUGGAAUAUGUGAUACAUCAACUGCCACUUGGGUGUACAUUAUACAUAUACAUACAAAUAAAUAUAUACAUAUAAAUAUAUAAAUAUAUAUAAAUAUACAUACAUUAUAUAUCUCAUUGCUUGUUGCCUUCCAUGAGUGUGUACACAGUCAUGCGAAAUCCAUCGACCGUGUGAAUGAACCGAGUGUCGAAAUUGAACGAUCGCCAGGUCCUGCUCUUGUACUUGCCUGGCCUGGGCCUUCGUAUAUCGCAGCUGAAAGAAAAGAAAAACCAAAUCACCCUCGCGUUUGUGUUAUGCUCUUUUUUUUUUUUUUCCCCUAUCUCUGCACCGGUGUUUCUUGCCUCACCUAUGGUGCGCUUGUGUUGUGUGUAUUUUUAAGGUUUGCAAGAGGCGCUGCCUCAAAAAGAAAAUGAGGGCAGCGAUGCAGUUACAUGCCUUCCCCUGUGAUGCCACUCUCGUUCAUCGUGGUGCGUUGUCUCUCGAUACAAACACGGAGAUAUCUUGCCCGCACCCUCUCCCAUCCCUUACGACUUCGUGCAAUGUAAUUUAUAAACCAUCAUCUUCCCGCGUCAGUCUUUCUUUUUUUUUUUCAUUCACCGCUCGCUCACUCGCGUUGUUCAAAGAACCAAAGGACUCCUUGUGUACCGUUUUUCUGUCGAGUGUAUUUUAUUAUUAUUUUUCUCACGAGGAGAGAGCGCUUUCUCGCCGUGCAGUUUUCUCUUUUACUCGCUUGCCUCCGUUAGCUGACUUGUUGGGAGGGCGGUGACAGCUUGAAAGUUUUUUUUUUUUUUAAUGUGUGUGUGUGUGCGUGUGCAUGUGUUUGCUCAUGUUAUUAUUGUCAAUUGUCAGUGGCUGAUACCCGUUUGGUCCACCUUGACGCUUCAGCUCUCUCCCCGACCCAACCGACAUCAGCCCGUAUGCACGCACGUCUUUUUUUUUUUUUUUUCGUUUCUAAAAGCAGCAGCGGAUGCGAGAGCUGUGUAUGUUUGAUAUUAAGAAUCCAUAUUACUAUUUUUAUUCUACUUUCAAAUAAUAAUAAAGUUGAUCUUUGCCCGUGUCUCUCAG